AUGAAGGAGACCAUCCUCGAUGCGAAUUUCCCGUUCACAGCCGACCGCAGAACGUACCAUGUCGGCCUCAGACAUGGCGAAGUGGCGAACCGGAUCAUAACCGUUGGUGAUCAUGAAAGGGCUAGAAGGAUCGCAAAGUUCUUGGACCAGACCCCGAAGGUGUUCGAGCUCACUAGUCAACGCGGAUUUACUACGUUUACGGGCUGUUACUCGGGCGUUCCAGUGUCGAUUAUGGCAAUUGGUAUGGGGUUUCCUAUGAUGGAUUUUUUCGUAAGAGAAGUUCGCGCGGUAGUAACGGGAGAUUUGAUAAUUAUUCGUCUAGGUUCCUGUGGCACGCUGGUACCAGAGAUCCCAGUUGGGAGAGUAGUGGUAUGCACAAGUAGCUUAGCCAUCUCCACCAAUUACGAUUGUUUUCAACCAUCUGAUGAAAAGAUGGAGAAAGACCAAAGCUCCCCGGGCGGGUCCAUGUGUAAACCGUAUAACACGACUCGGCCGAUUGGAUGUGACCAAAAACUACAUGAUGCGUUAACCGAGAACUUGGAGAAGACCGUCGACAAAGGACUCCUCUUAUCGGGUGCAGUGAACUCAUCCGCAGAUACUUUUUACGCUGGCCAGGGGAGAUUGGACUCGAAUUUUAUGGACCACAACCAGGACUUAUUAGACUCUCUCUCGAAAUGCAAGCCAUCACCGGUGACGUUAGAAAUGGAAACCACUCAUCUGUUCCAUUUGGCAUCCAUCAACGAACAUAAAUCCUACGAACCAGCCGAGGAGCCUAAAUCAGAUCCGAGUAGCUUUUCUCAAGGAAAAGGACGGAUUCGGGUUGCAGCUGCUCACAUCACAUUUGCCGGAAGAAUCAGCGGCGACUUUAUUCAGCCCAAGGACGUAGAAAAACUAGAGUUUCAAGCUGGAAAAGGAUGCUUAGAAACUCUGAUCAACGAAAAGAUUGAUCCGGUCAAUUUACAUCCCGUGGAAGACAGUGUUUGGUUUUCUUAA